AUGGCAUUCACCAUCCUGUUCCUCUGGCUGUUCCUGCCUGGGCUGGUUCCCUGUUCCUGUGACCCAGAGACACCACCAACAGAGACUUCAAAUGUGUCUCGAAUACCAGCGAUCCAAGGGGUACGGUCAUUCUUCAACAACCAAAAUUUUGCCUUGAGCCUGUACAAACAGCUACCACAGCCCAAAACUGGCAGGAACAUCAUCUUUUCUCCACUCAGUAUCAUUGUGCCUCUCGUGCUGCUGGCCUUCCAGCAGCCGAAGCCGGAAGCCCGACACCAGGUCCUGCAGGAUCUAGGAUUCAGAGUCACAGGAGCCUUAGAUACUAAAGCUGCCAUGCAGUAUGGGGAGUUACUGAGUACCCUCCUGCAUGCUGACCACUGCGGGGUCCAAACAGGAAGUUUGCUCUUUAUAGACAAGACUCUAAAGCCAAAAAAGACGUUUCUCACGCUAGCCAACAGCUCCUACAACAGCGAUGUCAUCCUCAUCUCUUUUGGGAACCAUGAGUUGGCCAAAAAGCAGAUAGACUUGGCCAUCCGUGCCAAGACCCAUGGCAAAGUUACAAGGCUCCUGAGAAAUCUGAAGCCACCAACUAAUUUGUUUCUGGCCAAUUAUAAUUUCUUCAAAGGGAAAUGGAAACAUUCCUUUAACCCGAAGUACACAGGGAUGAGGUACUUCUCGUUAGGUCAUGGGACCAAUACCCUGGUACCAAUGAUGCAGAGGAUAGGCUGGUUCCAGCUGCAGUAUUUCUCCCAGAUGCACAGCUAUGUCCUCCAGCUGCCGUUCACCUGCAGAAUCUCAGGGGUCUUCUUUCUUCCCAAUGAUGGAAAACUUAAGGAAUGUGAAAAGGCACUGUUGGAGCAGAGUUUUGACACGUGGAUUCAACCCCUUCCACUGAAAAAGAGGUGGCUGUUUUUCCCUAAAUUCUCCAUACCCGUUGCUCUUCAGCUGGAAAGGUUCAGGCAUGUUAACAGUAACCUUAAACUGUUCAACGAACACAUGGACCUCUCAGGAAUCACUCUGCAAAAAGCACCCUUGAGGGUCACCACGGCAGUACACAGGGUGGAGCUGACUGUGGAUGAGGAUGGAGAGGAGGAGGAUGUCUCCAACAUCAAUUUCUACCCUGAGCCAAGCCUUGCUACCCUCCACUUCAAUAGAUCCUUCCUACUACUAAUUCUGGAUGAGGCCAGCAACAGCCUUCUCUUCAUGGGGAGAGUAGUGAAUCCCACUAGAGUCAACAUAUCGGAUAUUGUACACAGUCCCUGA